AUGGAAAAUAACCAGAUCAGAUCAGAGCUUACUAAUAAAGAAAUAAGUAGAAACUUUGAAAAUAUUAUAGAAAAGGUGGUUGAUAUGUACAGCCAGUUUGGUGAAGAUGGAAUUAUUGCAGCAUUGGAAACAAUCUAUUCCAAAGGAACUAUUGCAAUAUUUACUGAUGAUAAAAUUAGUAAAACAGAAGAACUUAAAUCCAUUAUAAGAGAAAAAUUAAUUCAGUCUAACUUAAAACAUUUACUAAACAACUCUAGUGACAAAAAGCCUACACAAGAAAAAAAACCAGAUGAGGACAUGACAGCUGCCUUAGAGGAGAAAUUAAAAACUCUUAAAAAUGAAUUAAGUGAAGAAAAUACAGUUGAUACUGAGUUAAUGAAGGAUAUUAAUACAAUAUACAGCAUAUUUAAAAAAGAAAAAAAGGACUGGAAUGAGUAUAUAACUAACUAUGCACAUAUAAUUCUUAGAUCAAUGAAGAAAGAUAGUCUAAUGGGAGGAUUACAGAAAAUAAUUGCAUGCUGUAGUGGAUCUACUAAGAACGCCAAACAGGAGGAUAUUCUUAUUAGUAACUAUUCAUUAGAUAAUCUCUAUGUACAAUCCAAGGACAAAACAUAUUUAAUUGAUGCUGGAUUAGACUAUUUAAACAGCAACACUGCUGAGUUGGUUAAAAUGGCGAGUAGUUUUAUUGAUAGCACAGAUAUAUUUGUGAAUGAAAAGAUUGACAAGAAGUACUCUACUCUAGUAAACAGCCCUUCUCUGAACAUAGUAAAGUCUAUGUGUAAUAACAAAGCCUCCAUUGAACUAUGCCAGAAGGUAGUAAUUGAUCUGGCCAAUUUAAUAGAAAAAUACUACAUAAAACUUUACACAGAGCAGAGUAAAGACGCAUUGGCAGGUCUUAAUGAUAUGAUCUCCUCUGCGGUAUAUAAAGAUGAAAAUUCAGUAUUCUUUAAACUAUUUAAUAAGUUGAACAUAGUAUGCCCAAGAAUCAACCACAAUCUUUAUAUAGAUCAAUUAAACAAGCAAAUCUCUAAGUAUAAAUCUGAUAUAAAGAACUGUGAGAACACCAUUUCAGAAUUAAAAAAUAAAAUGGCUCCCCAGCCCGAAGCAUCUUCUGAUUCAACAUCUAAAUCAGAAGACUCAUCUGAUGACAAUCAGGAAUUAAUUAUGAAGCAGCUUUUAGACGAGAUUCAAGGAUACCAAGCAAAUAUUGAAAAUAUUGAAAAUUCUGAGUUUAUCUUUUCAGAGUAUAAAAACGAAGUGAACCAAGAAUACCAAAAUAUUUUGAAUGACCUUAACAAACUUACGCCAACUCAGAUACAAUAUGUAAGAGAGAAAAUAUGUGGACUACUAAAUCCUAUCAUGCCAAUACGCCCUAAGACUGAAACUUUCAUUAGUAAAAUUCAGAAUUACAUAAAGCAGUGUAAGAGCAUAUAUAAAAAAGUAUCGCCUGUAAUAGCACCAAUAUUAGCAGUAAUUCUAUUUAUAGUGGGAGCUACAUAUGUAACCUUAAAUUGGUCUGAUGUAUAUGAUGCAGCAUCUAUAUAAUACUAAUAAUUAUUA